AUGACGUCGUCUGAGCUCCCACCGCCUGUGACUCUGAGGCCUCCUGCCGGCGCAUCCGCCUCCUCGACUGAACUGGCUUCACGCUCGACAGUCGCGUCAAGUGGUACCGCGUCGAAGGUGAUUCCCUUCCGCCAGGAUUCCAGGCAUGAGUACAUGGAGGAAGAGAGUUCCAGAGGAGACGGGAAGGCUGCGACUCGCUGCAUGCGAGGCUCAUGAGAGCGGGAGUGGUGAUGACUGAGGGACGAGACUACGGUAUGUCCUAUACCUCACUUGUCUACGCAGAUGCUGGUGCAGCAGUGACCGACGCACGUCCGUCGGCCCGGCGCGACGUACGAGUGUUGCUAUCCCAAGGGUAGCAUAGAAGACUGCAGAUAGUGUUGUCUAGUGGACGCGGCGGCACAUGUUGUAACGGCCCCGCGAAGUAUGUUCGGAACUCACAAUAUGAUUCUUUUCCCCUUCAA